AUGAACGGAGUAUUUCCUCGUCAUUCAGUUUCGACACCAUACACCACAAAGAAGAAGCAAGUGCCUGUGGAUUAUCAGUAUUACAGCAACAGGAACUCAAUUGACAUUGCAUUGAAUUACAGCAGCAGCAGUUCAAGCUCAAGUUCAGGCUCUCGACAUGCUUAUUCGCCCCCUCUGUCAACAAACACCCCAAUGCAGCAAAGGAUACAAAGAAAGCCAGUCGUAAACAAUCCAAUGCUUCGAUCAUCGCCAAGUGAAAACCCUGUGAGCUGGAAAGUAGCAUCUCCUAAGCCUGCUACUACAGCUACCACUACGAGAUCGAGUCAUCCACAGCAUUUAAACAAGAAUUAUGCAGCCGCUGAUACUGUCCAUCCAAACAGAAUUAGAACAUACAGCCAAGUGGCUCCCAUCAAGCAACUCGCAAAACCAAUACCAGCAUCCCCAGCAAUACUGUCCAACAAAGAGAAGCGAGUGAGGACAAGGCGACAUUCACAGGGCUCGUAUUUGGUAUCGAGCAGUGCUGCCAUAAACACAUUUCAUCCGCUGCAAGAUGAUGAUUUAAAGAGCACAUCCUCAAUCACUACGGGCACUACCCUCAGCACAAUGACAACAACGACUCAGGGAACCAAAUCCACCAGCUUUUGGUAUCCCAGAACUGAACAGCAUACUGAGCCCCUGGAGCCAUUGAAGCGAGGCCUGAGUAAAAAGAUCAGAGGACUACUCCAACCACAUCGGACACAAAUCGAACAAGAUGCCUCGAAUGAGCAGCAUAUCAUUGAUUGUCAAGAGAGCCUGAGGCGAUGUCAAACACCUGUCUUGGACGAUGAUGAAAACCCAUUUCGUAUUUUGAGACAUACAUGUGAUAUCUCGCAGAACUGUGGUGUGUUGCAGUUCAAUGAAUCCGAUUUUGCUCAAAUUGACAGCUAUGCAUCUACCGUGCAACAACGAGGACCUCUGCUGACGCCAGUUAUUCUAUCACAAAAGUUCCUCAUCAGGCCAUAUCGAAAAGAACUGCUUCGACUAAGGGCGUUGUUUAUUUGGAUUGUUCAGAACAUCAGACCAGAAUAUCAUCAGAGACGGAAUGACCUAUUGCUGCUACAGAAACAACAGACCCAACAGCAGCAACAACAAGCAGCGGUAACACAACCCAUGGCACCAUCUCGAUCGUCCAACAUCAGACAGAGAUUGAGCCGAAUUGGCAAUGCAGACGACACGUGUGCCAUCAAAAGCCCAAAUGAAAUCACAGCACAAAAGCUGGAUGCCAUGAAUCUCCUGGAAGAAGAAGCUGCAUCACUUAUAGCAGAGACUCUGAUAUCUUCAGAUUACAUGAACGAGUCAGCUGAGCAAGUGCUGGAGAAAAGAAGUUGCAAAUCUUCGUUUGGCAUGGCACACUUAUUUGUCGCCAUGGCUCUCGCUGCUGGCUUUGAGGAUGCUCGUGUUGUAUAUGGCUAUUUAAAAGCACCCAAAGAUACAGUCUCUGCUUCCGCGAACAAGUUGCCUCUCAAUCAUGCUUGGUGCUCAGUUAAAAUCGAGGACGAAUAUCGCAUGAUUGAUUGCUGGCUAGCAUCACCCUUUUACCCACAGAAUGACAACAAGAUGGAAUCACAUUGGUUUCUCGCUAAACCACACGACAUGAUCAUGACACAUUUUCCCAAAAAUCACCAUGACCAGUGCCUAGACCCUCCACUGUCAUCGUACGCGUUCUUCUUGCUGCCUUAUAUUCGCAAUCCCUUUUUCUGGUAUGGUAUACAAUUCCUGAAAUAUCAUGUGCAGUUGCAGGAGAACGAGCACAGCGUCUUCUACGUCAAGUUCAAGCUAUCACAAACCAACAUUAGCUGCUAUGCCGAGACCGAGAGCGAUGAUGGCACUGCUACCAGAGGACUGGCUCAAUGUAUUACGGAUGACAACGACAACCGAAUAUGCAAAGUGAAAGCUGUGCUGCCUCCACAUCAAAGAAGCGGAUGGCUCAAAAUAUACACUGGUCCCAAAGCUGUACCUAGCUCCUCUUCAGGACAUCAACAACAAGAAGUAGUCAACAAAAACCACUAUCCGCUGGCUCUAUGUGUUCGCAUCAAAACACAGCAGCCCACGGAAACGUCGUUUGAUUUUGUGCAACUCUAUGUCGAUCACAAUGAAUUCUACAUCAAAGAACCGCAAUGCUAUCAAUUCUACCCUCUACAAACAUACCAUUUCUGUAUCCGUGCAAAUAGGCUGGACUACAGAGCAACGCAUCACAAAUUGGCAGUGAAAAGUCCAAGCGGUAAGCUGGUGAAACUCAUGUAUUACCCGCAAGAACAAACGUACGAUGGCACUGUUACUGUGUCUGAAGCAGGCAAGUGGUCUCUCAUCUGUCUGUUGCAUCACACAGGCGGUUCGUAUACUGUAGCUAGUUGGUCUUGUAAACUGAAAAAGUGA